AUGAAGCGACAUCGGGACCUAUGCAUCGAAAUGCCACCGCCCUUCAACUUCAUCGAAGUCCGCCAUAAGUCUAGACAUAAGCAUGGGAGACACAACAUGCUCGAGCUCACGAUGAACAUCAAGGGAGAAGACCAGACCUUCGGAUUGAGACGCAGCUCCAGCGUGGAAGUCCAGGGUUUGGGAUGGUCUCGUAGAGAAUACAAGCUGGUUCAUAUGACGCCUGAACCGCGGCCGCUCUCGGAAAUUCCACAGUCGAGCGACGGAAUGAACGUGGUAGCAGUGUGCGCGAAGGGAGAUCCCGCAACGCAACAGGCCCUGAGAUUCAAGUUCCUGGCCACAGUCACCGAAGAGUGGAAGGUGAUGGCGUUCAUGAUGGUUUUCGGGCGGUGGAUCUUUCGACGCCAGAAACAACGCGAAUCAAAACAUCGUCGAGUCGUCGCCAAUACUACAUCAAUUUGGCAAAUGCAGACCUCGAGGAUCGGUUACAAGCCAUAA